CCUCUUCCCACUUUUUCUUGUCUUGAAAACAUAAUAUUCUCUCGAUCUUUUCCAGAGUAUAUUCAGAAUCAAAAAUACUGAUUCUAUCUACUACGAUGGGUGAGAAAAAGGAAGAAACCGUGACGAAACCUGAAGGAGACAAGAAGCCAGUCGAUGGUGGUAAUAACACCGUCGUGGUUAUGAAGCUUGAUAUGCAUUGUGAAGGUUGUGGCAAGAAAAUCAAACGAAUCUUGAAAAAACACAAAGGCGUAGAAGAUGUGAAGAUUGAUUAUAAGGCUGACAAGUUGACGGUGGUCGGAAACGUAGAUCCCACGGCGGUUCGUGAUAAAGUAGCCGAGAGAAUGAAGAGAAAGGUUGAAAUAGUCUCUACCGUGGCGCCUAAGAAAGAGGCUCCUCCUCCUUCAGGCGGUGAAAAGAAGGUGGUGGAGGAGAAACCAGCUGAAAAGAAGCCGGCCGAUGAGAAACCCGCCGGUGAGAAAAAAGUUGAGAUGAAGAAAGACGAAGGAGAGAAGAAAGCUCCUUCUCCUCCUGCUCCACCAAAAGAGAGUACGGUGGUUCUGAAAACGAAACUACAUUGCGAAGGUUGCGAGCAAAAAAUCAAGAGAAUAGUCAACAAAAUUAAGGGGGUUAAAUCAGUGGCCAUUGAUAGCACCAAGGACUUGGUGAUAGUGAAGGGGAUCAUUGACGUUAAACAACUCACUCCUUAUCUCAACGAGAAGCUUAAACGCACCGUCGAAGUUGUUCCGCCCAAAAAAGAGGAGGGAGCCACCGUGGCAGCUGCGGCGGCUCCAGCUGGCGGGGAGAAGAAGGACAAAGGUGUUGGUGAAAAGAAGGACGGUGGUGGUGAAAAGAAGAAAGAAGUUGCCUCAGCCGGAGGAGGUGACGGUGGUGCUACGUUGGAUGUGAAGAAAUCGGAGUAUAGCGGUUAUGGGUAUCAACCUCAGCCGAUGUAUUACAACCCACCAGGACAAGUGUACGGUCAACACUACAUGAUGCAAGGUCAAUCAUCUCAAUCUUAUGUUCAAGAACCGUAUGUGAACCAAGGAUACGUACAUGAAUCGUAUAUGAAUCAAGGAUACGGCCAAGGGUAUGGACAACAAGCACCACCACCACCGUAUAUGAACCACCAAGGGUAUGCAGAUCCUUAUGCUCAUAUGCGUGCUCCUGAAAUGUUUAGCGAUGAGAAUCCAAACGGGUGUUCUGUUAUGUAAGUGAAAUGAGAGGGGAGGAAAGUGUAAAUAACUAAGAAAUAUAGGGAGAGAAAAGGUAGAUAUGACAAAAUUUGUAAUACUAAGGAUACUUCCGAGUCCGGUAAUCUAAACCGGCUACAUUAGCCGGGUAGAACCGGUUUUUGAGAGGCGUGGGUGGGUUUUAUAUGUUGGUUGGUUUACUCUAUAGACUAUAUAAAUAAAUAUAGUUUCAUUUUAUAAUAAGAUUAGAUCCUCCUCUGUUUUACAAGUUCUUUUGUGCUAGUGUAUGUAAUAGUCAAGUGAUCAUAAUUUAGGAAAAAAAUCUCUAUGCUA